GUCAAAGCAAAAGAAAUGUUCGAUGAGAAUGAGAGAGAGCGACUGCCUAUAAAACACGAAGAAGCUCCAAGGUAUUGUGAUAAUGUCAAAGAGGAACAGUCGAAGCUCCAACGUCAAUGGAGCAAAUCAACCAAUGGCGUUCCUUUGAAUGAUUCACCGGCUUCUCUUCAGUCUUCCCCAUUUUCAAAAUCCGAGAAAGCUUCUCGCUUCCUUCUUCAUCCAAUUCCGUUUCUUAUAAAUUUGGGGGAAAAUGAAUUCGAAUUCCCCGAGAUGCAUACCCGUAGUCUCCACCUUCGCCUCGCCGUUUGACGUAACUCCGGCGUCCUCCGUGACUGAUUCAACCCGGAAGCCCCUGAGCUUGUGGCCCGGUAUGUACCACUCGCCGGUCACCAUCGCUCUCUGGGAGGCCAGGUCCAAGAUCUUCGAGUCUCUUCUCGACCCUCCCAAAGACGCGCCUCCUCAGAGCGAGCUUCUCACCAGGACGCCGUCGCAUAGCCGAACCAAGAUUUUCUACCCUUUCUCCACUGAUUACAUUCUCCGCGAGCAGUACAGAGAUCCCUGGAACGAGGUCCGCAUCGGAAUUUUGCUCGAAGACCUUGAUGCUUUAGCCGGCACUAUCUCCGUCAAGCACUGCUCUGAUGAUGAUAGCACAACGAGGCCACUGUUGCUGGUUACAGCUUCUGUUGAUAAGAUUGUGUUGAAGAAGCCCAUUAGUGUCGACAUUGAUCUCAAGAUUGUUGCUUCUGUCAUUUGGGUUGGCCGCUCAUCUAUCGAGAUUCAACUGGAAGUUAUGCAAUCAGAACUUGAAGAUAUCAGUGCUUCUUCAAAUUCAGUUGCGCUGACUGCAAACUUCAUCUUUGUGGCGCGUGACUCCAAGACUGGUAAGGCUGCGCCUAUCAACCGGCUUUCUCCAGAAACCGAGCUCGAAAAGCUUCUGUUUGAGGAUGCCGAGGCUAGGAAUAACCUGAGGAAGAAGAAGAGGGGAGGUGAGAGAAGGGAAUACGAUCACGGGGAGUAUAAGAAGCUUGAGGCUUUGUUGGCUGAAGGAAGGAUCUUCUCCGACAUGCCAGCACUUGCAGACAGAAACAGCAUUCUUCUGAAAGAUACACGUCUGGAGAAUUCGCUAAUAUGCCAACCGCAGCAGAGGAACAUCCAUGGCAGGAUCUUUGGAGGGUUUUUGAUGCACAGAGCAUUUGAGUUGGCCUUCUCCACAGCUUAUACAUUCGCGGGUCUAGUGCCCUACUUCUUAGAAGUUGAUCACGUCGAUUUCCUAAGACCAGUCUGUAUCCCAUAUCACUUCUCACUAUUGGUGGACGUCGGGGAUUUCUUACGUUUCAAAUCAUGUGUGCUUUACACUCAACUUGAUAAACUGGAUUGUCCCCUCAUCAUUAUCGAAGUUGUUGCCCAUGUUACAAGCCCAGAGAUUCGUUCCAGUGAGGUUUCAAAUACUUUCUACUUUAAGUUCACUGUACGACCAGAGGCAAAGGCCAGAAACAAUGGGUUUAAGCUUCGAAAUGUAGUUCCUGCCACAGAGGAAGAAGCUCGUCAUAUCCUCGAGCGCAUGGAUGCAGAAGCUUUGAACUCAAGCAAACAACAAGGGUAGAGAUUAUCUACAGUAAUGGCUACGCGUUUGUGUUACGAAAGACUUUGCUAUCAGGUCCACAAAUUAACUAGAAAUGUAGAUGCAUUUCUACUGUAUCUAAACGAAUUGCUAAUAUAAUCCAAUAUUCUGCUUAAUUCAUUGAUUUGUGGAUGUCGAAUGGGAAACACGUUACCCUUUUGGGUGCUUAAUUGUUGCCGCCACUGACAGA